AUGGCAUCGCUCCGAGCCUACAAUGCAGCUCGCCUGCUUCGCAGCAGUGCCAAUGUCCGAGUUUCUGUCGCGAUGACCGCUCGCCGAUUCGAGAGCCAGCUCGCGCCCGGCACCACAGGAGUGCCCGCCGCAAUCCCCUCCACCGAACAGAACGGACCUGACUACACUAUUACCGCCGACAAGGCGACCUCCACCUUCACCCCUGUUCCCAAGAAGCUUCAAAACGCCAGCGAGGACGUUCCCUACCUCCCAGCCGCCGUCAUCUCUGGUGCUCCCAUUGAGCUUCAGGCACGCAGCGUUCGCAUUUACAAGGAGGCCAAGCCCGCGACGCAGUCUGGCAACUGGCAGGGACACCACUGGCGUAUGGACUGGGACAUCCUUCCCAAGGGCCACCGAUGGGAGAACCCUUUGAUGGGCUGGCAAUCAUCAGGAGACAUGAUGCAAGGCACCAAGCUGAACUUCAAGACCAAGGAGGACGCCAUCCUCUUCGCCGAGAAGCAGGGUUACGAAUAUUUCGUGUCGGAGCCUCAGUCAAGGAGAAUCAAGCCCAAGGCCUAUGCCAACAACUUCCUUUAUUCGCCCAAGAAGCUCAAGCAUAUCCGCACCAAAUAG